ACAUAAAAACGCUUAUUAAGCUUAUUUUAACGAUUUUUUUGUAUAAAAAGCUUAGUUUAUUUUAGUGGCCCGGCCGCCUAAAUGUGCAAGAGCACAAAUUAGCACAUUACUUAUUGAAUAACAAAAAGACAAAAAUAUACAUCUACUUACGAACUUUAGUCAUAUGAUCCGAGUUGACUCAUUUAGACUGCGAAUAAGUCCCAUCACAACUCGGCCUAAAAUGACAAUCAAUUCCAGCACACGACCGAGUCAACUCCGAGUUCCAGAACUCGAACUCAGUCAUGGAGACAGAAGCAUCCCCGUCAUAGGAUUAGGUACAGCUGUAGAUCCUCCAGUGUCAGUAAAAGACAUGAAAUCAGCAGUGUUACAGGCCAUAGAAGUGGGCUACCGGCAUUUUGAUACGGCCCAUAAGUACAAAUCGGAGCAGCCCAUUGGAGAAGCAGUCCAAGAAGCUUUGAGUAUGGGCUUAAUCCAAUCAAGAAAUGAACUAUUUAUCACUUCCAAGCUUUGGUGUGGUGAUGCUCAUCCUGAUCUUGUAGUUCCUGGUCUUCAGAAAUCCCUAAGAAAUUUGAAAAUGGAAUGGAUAGAUUUGUAUUUAAUUCACUGGCCAUUGAGCUGUCAGCCAGGGAAGUAUGAUUUUCCAAUAAAGGAGGAUGAUUUUCUUCCUAUGGAUUUUCAUGGUGUUUGGGCUGCCAUGGAAGAAUGUAAGAAGCUUGGCCUUACAAAAUGUAUUGGAGUCAGUAAUUUUUCCUGUAAGAAGCUGAAAGAUCUCCUGGCUCUCACUAAAAUCCCACCAGCAGUCAAUCAAGUGGAGGUUAACCCAUUUUGGCAACAGAAGAAGUUGAUAGACCUAUGCAAAGAAAAUAGAAUUGCGAUAACUGCUUAUUCUCCUUUAGGAGCCAUAGGAACCUUCUAUGGCAGUAACAGGGUUUUGGAAUCUGAAGUGCUUCAAGAAAUUGCCAAGGCUAAAGGAAAGUCUAUUCCUCAGGUAUGUUUAAGGUGGGCAUAUGAGCAAGGAAUUACAUUAGUGGUGAAGAGUUUCAAUAAAGAAAGAAUGAAAGAAAACCUGAUGAUCUUUGAUUGGGAAUUAAGUGAAGAAGAUAAUGAGAAAAUAAGGGGAAUCCCACAAAGUAGAGGGGUCACUGGUUGGCCUUACUUAUCAAAUAAAGGCCCUUUCAAAACUCUUGAACAACUCUGGGAUGGCGAGAUUUAAUCAUAUUGUGCUUCAAUUUGGUACUUUAUUUUUCAGGUUCUGUUUUAAUUGUUCUACGUUUGAAACAACAAUUAGAAUGUUAAAAUAUAAUUUAGAUCUUAGAAAACUUUGAUUUUGAA